CAAGGCGGAUAAAGAAUGGUGGUCACAUUUCGUACCCUCUGGACGUCACACGGUAUCGGGUACAUCGGGUACGGUACAUGGACUGGCCGAGGCCGGGGGAGCCGACUCAACCUCGGAUUGCACGGCAUAACCCGUACCCUCCUGACGUCACAACGCUUCAAGAUGGCAGCCAAAAUCGAAAUGCGACCACCAUUCUUUAUCCGCCUUGUUCUUCCCCUUCCCAGCGCCCGCCCAGCCGUGAGUUCUGAACUUCUGACUUCGAAGCCUGCCUGCCUGUCAGACAGGAACUCUCAGAUCAGAAUGUACAUCUCCAGAACAGUAAAUUAUGGCAUCAGGCUCACACCUGUACAGACUCGAUUGUGGACCUCCAUCGAUAGACUGAUUGUUCCUUCUGCUGUAUUCUUAGCUAGCAUAGGAAUAACGGUCUCUACAUUCAGUGUCAAACAAUUAUUAGCCGCAGGUAGUCGAACCAAGCGCUUUUAAGAGGCUACUUUCCUGAAGUCAACAUUAACCACAUCAAUCCUAUCGCUAUGCUAUCUGGAGGAUAGGAGGAGGAAAAAAGAUAUGACUUUGCUUUUUUAAGCUUGUAGAGUCAAGAUUCUUUGUAAUUUAAGAGGCAUGUUGUCAGAUGGAACUACCUGGCAAAGAAUUUCAAAUUUUUGCACUGUUAUUUUGAAACUGAAUAACAUUGCAAUAAAAUUUAGAUGUAUGUUUUCCCACCCUCACCACCUGUCAAAAUGUUGAUUGUUUUCUACCUACCCUUCUUCCCUAUUUUUUAUUCAUCAGUUUGCUUGUAGUAUUAUGAUCUUCUGUUUUUCUCUUAACACAUCUCUGUAAGUUUCGAUUUUAUAUCUCUCCAUACUUUGUACUUUAAUAUAUUUCUUCUUUUAUUUUAUUCAAGGAAGCACGACCUAUUAUCUUUGUCGAAAGUUAAAUAACUGUCAUGUAAAUUAUGUAUCCAAUCUGAAUGUAGAGCAUUCAGCAUCACAGUUCACUUUGAACAAAUCUAUUCCAUCACUAAUGAUGAGCAAACUUCUGCAUCUGAGAAGUACGUUUCAGUCCAGAGACGAAAUUCCACAACAAUGCACAAGUAAAAUUCAAACAAUUGCUGCAUAUCUUUAAAUGAUGUAAGAUUUGCAAGAACAGUCAAAACCUUGUAAGUGAUUGUUGACAAUGCCUGGAUUUACACUGUGGGAAGAAAAUUUAUCUUGCCGCACUCAAAGGUAUAUAAGAUACAGAGUUAUUUAUUUUUUCAUGAUCUCUGGCCAAAUAUUAAAAAUUCCAUCCCUCAGGAAUGUUGAAAACUGAAGUGUGAAAUUUUGCCCUGAUACUGUGUUAAAAUGAAAGAAUGGUGUGGUUUUGUGUGAUAUUUAAUAAAUUUUUAGUUUAGUUGCCCAGCUGUUUA